GAACGUGGCUUCCUGUUCGCUCCCGCCUUCUACUAUUUGUUUUAUAUUGACUCUUGAAUUCAAUGACCGUGUUGUGUUAUUUUUAAAUCUCUGUUUCUUCAUUGGAGGAUAAUACACUUUCUAUCAUACAGAAUUGCAAAUAAAAUAGUGGACAUUUUUAUGUGACUGCAUUACAGCUUCCACAAGAAAAACUCAUACAUCCAUCAUAUGAUCUGCAACUUCGUCAAAUGAAGGACGUGGGUGGCUGCUGUGACCCAGCAGACACACUCAGUCCUGAGACAGAGGAUCCCAGCGCACCAUGGGGGAGGAGAGCGGGCCGUGAGCCAGCAUGCGGGUGCGCAAGAGGUCGGCCAUCCACCUGUGCCUGGCCGGGGGGCUCUUGCUGCUGAUAGCGCAGCUGGCGUUGCUGUGCGUGUUGCUGCGUCCCACGGCCCGGCCGGCCGACUUCCCGGCCGCCGACGUGGCCGCCCUCUCCAACACAUCCGCCACCCUGGGCCUGCACUUGCUCCUGGCCGACACGCGCGUUCUCCCCGGGGCGUGCCCGCUCACGUUUGUGGCCCUGCCCCGUGCCGGCGGCACAGUUAAGGAUGACUUUGUAUAUGCUAUGCAAGAAAAGAAUUUUGACAUUGCUGUCGUAUACAAUGUGAAACCACGUGAACUAACUACUGAUAUUCCGCCCAGAUCUCCAAUUGGGUACUUUUUAAAGAGAAGUGCAUUGCUUCAGGUGGUGGUAUUUUACGAGCGAGAGGGUAACUACUGGUGGCAUGGGAGCAUCGACAGUGACCCUGAUGCUGCCCUCAAACUUAAAGAAUUCGGGCUUUCCAUCGACUCAUUAGACUUCAUGAGAACUGAAGGAGCGUAUGACAAGUUUGAGUCUACAGUUUCCCUCGCCUUUGGAAUACCUGUGAAUGUUCCUAAAGAUAGCAUUCAGUUCUUACGGGAAAAGAGCUCUUCUCAGUUUAUUGAAUGUAACAUGACUCGGGCUAAGGAAUUCCACCAACUUUAUGGCAAGAACAUCACGCAAGAAUCUAUAAAGUUUUCCCACAAAGCCUGGAAAUUGCUUUCAAGAGCCAAAACUAUUUUAGACAAGCUUAACGUCCGUUUUUGGCUGAGCAGUGGUACAUGCCUUGGUUAUUACCGCCAGUGCAGCAUAAUUCCUCACAGCAAAGAUGUGGACAUAGGCAUAUUCAUCACAGACUUCAAUGAAAAAAUUUUACCAGAAUUUAUUGCUCAUGGAUUUACUUUGAAACAUUGGUUCGGCAAAAUUAAUGACAGUUUAGAGAUGUCAUUCAUGAACAGUGGCAUUAAGCUUGAUUUAUUUUUCUUCUAUGAAGAUGGCCCGUGGAUAUGGAACGGGGGCACUCAAGCUAGAAGUGGCAGGAAGUUCAGGUUCCUGUUCCCACGCUUCACGCUCUGCUGGACCGAGUUCCUGGAACUGAAGGUGCGUGUGCCAUGUGAAACCAAGGCGUACGUGGAGGCUAACUACGGGUCCGACUGGUUCAAGCCGGUCAGCCAGUGGGACUGGAAGAGCAGCCCACACAAUGUGCAAGAGGACGGGGCGUGGCCUCAGCACGAGUGGCCGCAAGUCAUUCGCGUGUAUGCCUGACUGCAGUUCGCUGGUGCUUGUCUUUAUAAUUUUAUACAUUUGUAUUGAUGCUCACUGUCGAGAAACUAAUUUUUUAUUUUUGUGGAUAAAUGUCAUUUUUUAUAAA